UUCUUACUUUGUCUUCACUUUCUUCAAAGAACCACCAGUGAUGGCGGUGUAAAGCAGCUUACUGUUUGAAUGUCUAUUAUUCUUACGUAACACGCAGCGACUUUUCCCCCUCUAACCACUUGAUGCCUUGACUCAUCAACAGGUCUUCUUUGUGAAAGCAUUAUAAAAAGUACUACGAACGACUGACAAAAUUCAAAUCGCUCAGUUCUUAGCAUUCCAAAAAAGUAUGCAGACUCUUUUUGCCGUUCUUGGUUUUCUUGCAAUUUUGGCUGUAACAGAUGCAUGCUUUGCAUCUGGAAUUUGUGGUGGUGGGUGUGCUCCGCCACCACCUCCAGUGUGCUCGGGAGGUUGCGGAGGAGGUUACUCCUGUGGAAGAUAUGGCUGUGCAAAGGCGAGAGGAUCCAAAACUCUUUCAAUCAAGAGUGAGAAAACAAUGUCACCAGACGAGAAGUUUAUGAGAUGCUGCCAGGAGAGAAAUCUUCCAGAUGCCUGUCUUUCCAAGUGUUCCUUCCGCACAUACACCAAGACAGCUCUCCAAGCCAUGUACUUCAAGCAAGACUACUGCCCAAUGCAAGCAGCAGCAGAUAUUCAAUACUGUGCUGCUCAAGGGCAAGAUCACACUGACUGCUGCUAUAGAAACUCGGUUGGAACCACAUUGGCCGGAAACAAAUGCUUCACUUUCUGCGACCAGCGUCCAGGAAACGUCACACAACUUGACCUCUCCUACUUGGCUUGUUACGAUCGUUUUGAGAACAUGAAGGCCUGCUUUUGGCAGAAGCUCAACGAGCAAUCCACCCCAGAGUUCUCAUCUAACAUCGAUUCAGAGUCCGAAUUCUCUGAGCAAGGACCAAACAGACACUUCGCACUUACCUCAUCCCGAACCUUCCAAGCAAGAACUUUCGGUCAAUAACUUAUAAGUUUUAAUACCUCUAUGCACUGAACACUUGAUUGUAAAAAUUGCCGCUCGUCACAGUAUUUAAUAUUUGUUUUCAAUUCAGUAAAUUUUCGAUAAAUUUUUACCGUUG